AUAUUUACAAGAUAUCAAUGCGAUAAAUUCAUACCGUACAGAAAUCCACCUUAUCAUCGUGCAUAUCAUAUUUUGAACUUAUCUGAUACAAACAUUAUAUGCCAUCUAGUUGUGAUUCUUACAUAAACACACUUCAGUAUACAUCUGUAUUCAACAUCCACAAAAUCAUUACUACUGACAGUAAGACACGGAUUACGAGUGUUAGCUUCAUAAAAUGGAAUCGAAAGAAUACAAAUCAAUAACACUGGACGAUUUUCGUUGGUUAAACGAGCCAACAAACUGGAAUUUAUGUGACAGUGUUUUGAAAGUAACUACGGACGAUAAAACAGAUUUUUGGCAAGGCACUUGGUACAAUUUUCAUUUUAAUACUGGCCAUUUAUUUGGGAUUGAUAUUAAAGAUGAUUUCACUUUUGAGGCUUGCAUAGAAGCAGAUUUUAUGGCGCUUUACGAUCAAGCUGGUCUUAUGUUGUACGUUAAUGAAAAGCAAUGGAUUAAAACAGGAAUAGAAUACAAUGAUGGUCAAGCAAUGAUCAGCAGUGUGUUAACCAAUGGGGUAUCUGAUUGGGCUACAGGAAUUUUUAAUGGCAAUCCUAAGAAGUUUUGGCUGCGAUUAAGUAGUGUUGGAAAUAUUGUAUGUGUCAAAUAUUCUACCGACAAAGUGAAAUGGGCCCUUUUAAGAUUGUGCCCUUUUAAAAAAAAGGAAGAUGAUACGUGUUUUGUAGGUUUUAUGUGCUGCACACCACAGAGAUCUGGUCUGAAUGUUAAGUUUAGUGAAUUUAGUAUAACUGUGCCAAUUGAUGAUGUUUUACAUGGUGAUAAUUAGAAUAAAAAUAAAAUCAAUG